GUGGUGGUUAACCCCCGAAGGUUGAUUUUCCAGUCAGAGAGACGGUAGAGAGAGAUAGAGUCGUAAGUUAAGACAGACAAUUGCUUCGUAUAUAAGCCAAUGAAGCUAGAGGCUUACAUUGAGAGAGACAGAGAGAGAGAGAGAGAGACAGUGGGACUUUGGGAUACAAAGAACUGCGGCCAUGGCAGAUUCUAACAACUCUGUUUCCGUCGAUAUGGAGAAGAUCCAUCUGGGUGGAAAGGAACAUCUUAUUCAUACUGGCUGUGGUCCUGUGUCUGUUAUAGUUUAUGGAGAUCAAGACAAACCAGCACUACUUACUUAUCCUGAUUUAGCUUUAAAUCAUGUCUCUUGUUUCCAAGGAUUGUUCUUUUGUCCUGAAGCAGCUUCUUUGUUGCUCCACAACUUCUGCAUCUAUCAUAUCAGUCCACCUGGGCACGAGUUAGGAGCAGCUGCAAUUUUUCCCGAUGAUCCUGUGCCCUCUGUUGAUGAUUUAGCUGAUCAGAUAAUUGAGAUUCUUAACUUUUUCAGGCUAGGGGCAGUGAUGUGUAUGGGGGUGACAGCGGGUGCCUACAUCCUUACCCUAUUUGCAUUGAAGUAUAGGGAACGUGUUCUUGGUUUGAUACUUGUGUCCCCUUUAUGCAAAGCACCCUCCUGGACUGAAUGGAUAUAUAAUAAGGUGAUGUCAAACUUCCUUUAUUUCUAUGGCGUGUGUGGCUUGGUGAAGGAGUGCUUGCUUCAACGCUACUUCAGUAAGGAACUUCGGGGUAGCGCAGGAGUUCCAGAGUCAGAUAUAGUUCAAGCAUGUCGAAGAUUGCUUGAUGAGAGACAGAGCAUAAAUGUUUUUCGUUUUCUUCAAGCAAUCAAUAGGAGACCAGACAUUACCAAAGGGUUGAAGAGACUAAGAUGUCGUUCACUAAUCUUUGUUGGUGAUAGCUCUCCUUUCCAUUCAGAGGCUCUUCACAUGAGCUCGAAACUGGACCGUAGAUUUAGUGCCUUAGUCGAGGUCCAGGCUUGUGGAUCAGUGGUGACGGAGGAGCAGCCCCAUGCCAUGUUGAUACCCAUGGAGUUCUUCUUCAUGGGGUACGGAUUGUAUAAGCCAUGCCACAUCAGUGACAGCCCAAGGGGCCCCCUCAGUCCCUCUUGCAUCUCCCCGGAACUCCUCUCUCCGGAAAGCAUGGGAUUGAAGCUAAAACCGAUAAAGACCCGUGUUUCACUUCAUGUUUAAAGCCUAAGAGGUCGAAUUGGAAUUAUAUUGCAUAAGAUGUUCAAUUUUUUUGUUUUUUAUGGUUUUGUUUUUCAAAUUUGAGGUGUUGUAGAUAGAGGGAAAGGAUAUCACAGAAUAUGUAUAGGGAGGAGAGACCUGCAUUCAUUCAUUUAUAGUCAAAGGAAUCCUUCGAGCUAUAUCUGCAAAUUCUAUAAUGAACUGAGAUUUAUUCAUGAUGACGAGCAACUAAUAACAGAGAGGAACUCCUCAAUUGGU